CUAAUACAUGACCUUUUCUACACAAGCUUUAAACUGUGAGCAUUAACUGGACAAUACACUCUGCAGUUUGAGAGGCACUCAACAUGCCGACGAAAAAGGACAAGUUAAUCCUUGGAACAGCUGGUGCUGUCGGCGCGGGAAUUCUCUCGUGGCGCGCUUUUUUUCCCUGGAUUGGCUAUGAUCUCCGUAUGAUGAAAAAUGGUGGAAACGCAGGCAAAAAGCUGAUGGCAGAUCAAGUGAACAAACGCUUUCUCAUCAACAUGUUUGAAGAAGCAGUUGAGAAAUAUCCGAAGAAACCGUUCAUAAUAUUUGAGGAUCGCAUUUAUACAUAUGAGUUUGUGGAUCAGCAGACAAAUAGAGUAGCUAACAUCGCUGCAAAAUGGGGGCUGAAAGUUGGCGACUGUGUGGCAAUUAUGAUUGAAAAUGAGCCUGCAUUUAUAUGGACAUUCUUAGGUCUACAAAAGCUUGGUAUUGCAGUAGCGUUUAUCAACUUCCACAUUCGAGGCCAGCCACUGAUCCAUACACUCAAGGCCAGCGAAGCUAAGGCUCUCAUCAUUGGAGCUGGUGAUUACAUUCUGCCAAAGAUAGAAGAGGUUCGCGGCGAAUUAGGUGACCUUCCUAUUUUUAUCCAGGGUCAGCCCUUAAUGGUGGGUCCCGCCUACACAAGUUGGGACGACUUGAUGUUAUCUGCCCAUCCAGUUCCCCUGUGUCGGACAGCGCGAGCUGGAAUGGACUUACCCACGCCGUGUUGUUAUAUCUUCACCUCAGGGACUACAGGUCUACCAAAGCCAGCUAUUAUCAGUCAGGCAAAGGCAAUUGGGAUGAGCAAGUUUUUUCAGCUGUUUUACUUCAAGCCUUCUGACAUUGUGUACACUGUUACUCCACUGUAUCACAGCGCUGCUGGAGUAGGACUAAUGAGCACACUGGAUCAGGGUGCUACGAUGGUGUUGCGGCGCAAGUUUUCAGCGCAGCAUUUCUUUGAGGAUGUUCGAAGACACAAUGUUACAGUGCUGCAGUAUAUCGGGGAACUGUGUCGCUACUUACUGGCAGUACCUGAGAGCCCACUAGAUAGCAAGCAUUGUUGUCGGGUAGCUGUUGGCAACGGGCUGAGGUCAGACAUUUGGGAGAAAUUCAAAAAUAGAUACAAAAUUCCCCAAAUAUGUGAAUUCUUUGGGGCCACUGAAGGAACGGUUUCCAUGAUGAACCUCAGUAAUCGCACAGGCUCAUGUGGUCGAUUUUCACCGCUAUUAAACAAGUUGGACCCAACACCGAAACUGCUGGUCAAGGUAGAUGUGGACACAGGGGACGCUAUCCGUAAUAAGAAGGGCCUGUGCAUUCCAGUUGCAACUGGUGAAACGGGUCUGCUCUUGGGCACCAUUCCACCUAAUUACCAGAACUUGCAGUUCUACAAGGGUGGCCGUGAAAUCAAUGAGAAGAAAGUUCUCCGCAACGUGGUCAAGGAGGGAGAUGCCUUCUUCAACUUCGGGGACCUGCUUAGUGUGGACAAGGAUUACUUUGUGUACUUCAGAGAUCGUGUUGGCGAUACUUUCAGAUGGAAGGGGGAGAAUGUAGCCACAUACGAGGUGUCCAACAUCCUCACCAAACUAUCUUGCAUACAUGAUGCAAAUGUGUACGGUGUGGAGGUUCCAGGUUCAGAAGGUCGUGCUGGAAUGGCAGCCAUUCACUUGGAGGGCAAUAUGCAACUGACCCCAAAAGUCCUGAAGGACAUAUUCAACCACUGUAAAGAAAACCUCCCCAACUACUCCCGACCACUGUUCAUCCGCUUUCCAAAGGAAGAAUCCGUUACUGUGACCCAUAAACAGCAGAAAACACAGCUCAGAAAGGAUGGUUUUCACCCGGAAAAUAUAGACGAUCCGCUGUUUUACUACAACGAAGCGGCAGGGACGUACACCCCGCUCACAUUGGACAAUUUCCAAUCAUUCCUUACUAAAUCAAGGUUGUAACUUUUGGUCAUUUGGACCGGGACUACGGUUGUGACUGCAGUAACAGAGAUACUGAAAAAAAUUGAUGCUUUAAGAUAACCAAAGUGUGUCCUAUAUUCCAACAGGAUCGCGGUUUAAAGGGCGUUCUGUCAGGUCUGGAAUGAAUUAAAGUCAAGAUUUUCUUAAUAGUUCUUAAAAAGAAUCUAUACUUUAGUAUAAGUAAUAGAGGCUAUUCUUUUUGAACAUUAUCAAAUAAUAGAGGUUGUCUGAGCACUUUUUGAAUGAUACACAUGUAUGUGGCCUUUAUGGAGAAUGCAAAACAGUAGUUAAUGGAGAAUCAGGUCUUUGUUUUUUGUUAAUUUUGAUUGUUAAUAUGGUUUUGUUUCAGUUGUUUGUGUCAAAGGUUGUUUUCGGCUUGAUCAUUCCGAUGCACAUUGUUCAGAUUGUUAGUGGUUAUUUAGGUGUGUAUUACUCAGGAAGAAGUUACAUAUCAGAUGUACAAUUAUGUGAACUCUGGUUGCCUGGGACCCCUUAUUGUUUUGGUAUCAUCUUAAAGGGUUUUAUGAGUAGAAAAAAUAUAUGUAAAAAUUAUACCGAAACCAACUGUUUUGACCUUGAAAGAGUGAACAAUUGGUCACUUUACUUUUAAUUUCAUUUAAAAUAAAGAAGAAAAAUACAAACUCCAUAUAUUAUGAAUUAAUGAUCAUUUAUUUUACAUCUUUAUAAUAAGUUUGCAAUACUGUUUCAAAUGAUACCAAUUUUAUGAGGAUAUGAGGUCACCAGGCCGUAAUAUUUACUGUUUCAGCUUAUGGUAUGAUCAAACCAAAAUAUAUUUUGAACAUUUGAUACCUAAGCUUAUGUUAAUAGUUUGGAAAUCAAGCAUCUUUUAUUAUUGAAAAUAUGACAUUUUUAGUGGAUUUGUAAAUGAAUUGUUAUAAAAUUACUGUUGUAGUCAUAGGGUAUAUAUGUUUGCAUUAUUAAACAGAAAUCAUUAUUUCAUUUUUUUUAUGAUUGGAGAAAGUUAUUAAGAAUGUAAUGUUUUUGUGUAAUUGUAUAUGCUAUAUUGUUGAGCCUUAAUGGUUUGAUGUGGUUAAUUAUAUUUUUUCAUUUUCGAAUAUAUCUACAUUAUUAUAUGUGUAAACAAUGUUUUUGUAUAACAUGGUUGUUGUUAAACUCUGUUUUGUGUACAAAGUCGAUGGCAGAUUAUGAUUAUUGUUGCACGAUAUUUGUUGAUUUAAUGCUGAUUAUUUAAUCAGAAAUAUCUUGUCUCUUACGGUACCUCAGAUACACAAGUUCUAGAAUUCAAAGGUUGUUCCGUUACUUUCCUGUUCAUGACCGUCUAUCCUCCAUGUAUUAAAGAAGGAUCAUAGGAACAUAAAAUAUAUAGUCUGAGUCUUAAAAUUAUUUAUAAAUCUUUUUUGUUUUCAUGUAUCCAAAAUUAUGCAAAUCAAUGUCUCAUCAACCUAUCCAUUGAAUACUGAUUUUUUACUGAAACUUAGAUUGGCUAUGCCGUUGUUUUACAAGUGCCAUGUGAUUAUAAAAUUCCUAGCAUCACUUUGAUUCUAAAGGCCAAAAAAAUUUCCAAGAAAUUGUAGAUCCUCAUUUCCCUCCUGUCGAAAUUCUCCACCAUUUGUUAUUUGAUACGAACUUGGCUUUGACAAAAUCAGGGAAAUGGCAGCAGUAUUUAUAUGUAGCACAUGCUUUUUUAAUUUAACACUUAUAAAUUGACCCAACUGCCUCAUUUAUUUUUGGCCUCAAAAAAGGAAAUCCAGAUUUUAUAUUUGUUACCUUUGUCCGUGAUACAACAAUAUACUGAAUAUUUUGUCUUCACCAUUAUAACGAGAAUGAUUAAAA